AUGACUGUCGAAGAAUCAAAGAAGAGAAAGCUUACCGAUGAUGUUGCUAUCAAGCAAAAUGAGAAGAAGAUUAAGAAGGACAAGAAGGUGAAGGACAAGAAGGACAAGAAGGAUAAGAAGGAUAAGAAGGAUAAGAAGGAGAAGAAGGAGAAGAAGGAGAAGAAGGAGAAGAAUGACAAGAAAGACAAGAAAGACAAGAAGGAUAAGAAGGCUGAACAAGUUGACAAACUUUCUGAGACUACCGAGCAACCAAGCAAACAAGUUAAGAUUGGUGCUUAUGUCGAAAAUGAGGAACUAUCUAAACAACCUCAGUCAGUUAUUGAUGAGUUUUUUAAAGAAAAUGAAGUUUCUGUCGAGGACCCAAGCAAGUUAAAUUUGCGUCCUCUAUUAGCUUUCAACCAAAUAUCCCUUGACAAAGAAGUCCAGAAUGAGAUUGCUAAAUUCCCCAAGCCUACACCUAUUCAAGCUGUUUCUUGGCCAUAUCUUCUUUCUGGUAAGGAUGUUAUUGGUGUUGCUGAAACAGGCUCAGGUAAAACUUUUGCGUUCGGUGUUCCUGCCAUUAAUAACUUGCUAACUAGUUCUUCAAAGCCAAAGGGCAUCAAGGUAUUGGUUAUAUCACCAACUAGAGAACUGGCUUCUCAAAUCUAUGACAAUCUUGUUCUCCUUACUCAAAAGGUUGGUAUAGAUUGUUGUGUUGUGUACGGUGGUGUUCCAAAAGAUGACCAAAGACGUCAAAUUGCUAAAUCCAAUGUCGUUGUGGCUACUCCAGGUAGAUUAUUGGACUUAAUCGAAGAAGGUUCUGUUGAUUUAUCUCCUGUCGACUACAUGGUCCUUGAUGAAGCUGAUAGAAUGCUUGAAAAGGGUUUUGAAGAAGAUAUCAAGAGAAUUAUCGGUCAGACAAAAUCAAAGGACAGACAAACUCUGAUGUUCACUGCUACAUGGCCAAAGGAGGUUCGUGAAUUAGCUUCUACAUUCAUGAAGGAACCAGUUAAAGUCUCUAUCGGUAACAGAGAUGAAUUGAGUGCCAACAAGCGUAUUACACAAAUUGUUGAGGUUGUUGAUCCACGUAGCAAGGAAAGAAAGCUUUUGGAUCUAUUAAAGAAAUACCAAUCUGGCCCAAAAAAGAAUGACAAAGUUCUUAUAUUUGCACUAUACAAAAAGGAAGCUUCUAGAGUUGAGAGAAACUUGAACUACAAUGGAUAUAAAGUGGCUGCUAUUCAUGGUGACCUAUCUCAACAGCAAAGAACUCAAGCAUUAAAUGAGUUCAAGUCUGGGAAAUCAAACUUGCUUCUAGCUACUGAUGUUGCUGCCAGAGGUUUAGAUAUUCCUAAUGUUAAAACUGUUAUCAAUUUAACUUUCCCAUUGACUGUAGAAGAUUAUGUCCACAGAAUUGGUAGAACCGGUAGAGCCGGCCAAACUGGUACUGCCCACACACUCUUUACUGAGCAAGAGAAACACUUAGCAGGUGGUCUAGUUAAUGUUCUGAAUGGAGCUAACCAACCAGUUCCUGAAGAUUUGAUCAAAUUCGGUACCCAUACUAAACGUAAAGAACAUGGUGCUUAUGGUGCAUUCUUUAAAGAUAUUGAUAUGAGCAAAAAGCCAAAGAAGAUUACUUUUGAUUGA